CCUAUUUCAAUGGUUUCAAUAGCCUGCAUUCUCUCUCUCCAUUAUUCUCUAUUAUCUCGCCGCUCUUCUCUUUCUCUUUUUUUACUGAACAAUUGUUCUCUGUUCUCAUUUCUGUCAUUUUGCUUACUUCAUGCAUUUGCAGUUCAGGUGCAAUACUUUCCUCCCGUCCUUACCUUUCUAAAAAACAAAGCCCAUCCUUCUCUUCCUUACCCCUGUCCUUUUCCAUUAAGGGCUCCAGAACAUCACUUCGGUUCCAAAAUAAUAUCCGCGAUGUGCUGAACGCUGUAUCCGAUCAAAACUAUCAUGCAUUUCCACUAGGCCUAUUUCUCCUGUUCACAGCCCAAACAAACUCGAACUAUUGAAAGAAUGGCAGUAUCUUGUUUAUGUUAUGC